AUGAAAUCAUUUUAUAUAUCAUAUUUUAUUGCUUAUGGAAUUGAUGUUAUUGAAAUUUUUAAAACAAAAAUAUUUUUUUCAUUUCCAUCAUAUGGAUGGUUUAUAUCUAUUUUAAGUAGUACUGUAGCAUCUUACACUCUUCCUAUAUUAAGUUAUGUAUGUACACAUGCUUCAGCAUUAGAUAGUGUAUGUUUGGCACUUCAUACAUCUAUUGCAAUAACUUUUCCAAUUUUUUACAAAAUUAAAUGGUCAAAAUGGACAAUUAAAGUUAAUUUAAUUUUACAAUUAUUUUUACCAAUUUGUGUUUUUAGUUAUGAAUUUGGUAAAAAAGCAAAACUUAAAUAUUAUAAUGGAACAAAUGAAUAUGCUUAUUCAAUGGAAGAUCCUUAUAUAUCACGUUUAAAUAAUACUAUUGCUCCUAUCUUUAGUACUUUAAUAUUAUUUUCAAAUAUUUUUUUAAAUUUAUAUAAUUUUUAUAAAAUUAUUUUUUCAAAUAAAAAAAAUAAUGGAAAAGUAAAAAAUAAUCAUUGGAUUGAUUUAUUAAUUUAUUCUUCAAUUUCAACUAUUGGUAUUUCAACAAUUACCACAAGAUAUUGGAUAAAAUUUAUUGGUGUUUAUAAAAAUAGUUCUUCAAUUAAAAAUUUUGGACAAUCAUUAGGUGUAUGGACAUCAACAAUUGAAUCAUGUAGUAAACCAUAUUUAUUAAUGUUAUCAAAUAAAAAAUUACGUGAUAAAUUUUUAAGAUUUUUAAUUUUUAAAAAUACAACUUUAGAAUUAUCGUCAAAUGCCACUAUUAACGAUGGAACAAAUGCUUUUUAUAAAACUUAUAUUAUUGGAUUUUUUGGAAAUGUUCUUGAAAUUUUAAAAACAAAAAUAUUUUACUUUAUACCUUCUUUUGGAUGGUUUAUAAAUUUUUAUCAAUAUAAUCCUAUACCACUUUAUACAUUACCAGUACUAGGAUAUACUUGUACUUUUAUAUCAAUUCUUGGUAUUUUUUGUCUAAGUAUUAAUAGAACUAUUGCAAUUUUAUAUCCUAUGUUUUAUCGUAUAAAAUGGUCAAGCAAAAUUAUUUAUAUCACAAUAUUUAUUCAAUUUUUUACACCAUUUAUAAUAUUCUCAUAUGAAUAUGGUAGACAAGUUGAAUUAAAAUAUGAUAAUGCAACUCAAAUAUAUGUUUAUUCAAUGAAAGAACCUGAAAUAUCUAAAAUAAAUAAUAUAGUAUCCUCUGGUUUAUCAGCUAUUAUAUUAAUUAUUCAAAUAUUUUCAUGUUAUAUUAGUUUAUCAAAUUCAAUAAAAAUUGAAAGAAAGAAUAAUUAUAAUUUAUCAUUAACAAUAUAUUGUUGUUGUGGAACAAUUGCAAUAUUCAUCGUUUCUCUUCGAUUUUGGAUAAAAUUAUUUGCUGUAUAUACAAAACAUAAAGUAAUUAGAAAUUUAGCUCAAUCAUUUGGUACAUAUAGUUCAACAAUUUCAACAACAUGUCAACCAUAUUUACUACUUAUAUCAAGUAAAAAAUUAAGAAAUGAAUUUUUAAAUUUUAUUUGUUUUUCUCUCUUUCAAAUUAAAAAAAAUGUUAUUAUAACAGAAACAGCAAAAUCACCAAUAACAACAUAUUUUAGUAAAUUUAAUAAAAAAAAAGUUGAAGUUUAUUAA